GAGUCGUCUGCGGCUUUGAAAGUCCGCACGUGUUCACUUGAUCUUCGAUCUUCACCAUGUCCGCCGUCAACCCCGUCAACCCGAAGCCUUUCAUCCAAGAGCUGACCGGUAAGCCGGUGUAUGUUCGGCUGAAGUGGGGUCUCGAGUACAAGGGCUUCCUUGUGAGCACCGACGGCUACAUGAACUUGCAGCUCGCGAACACGGAGGAGUUCCAGGAUGGAAAGUCAAACGGAGCACUGGGCGAGGUUUUCAUUCGGUGUAACAACGUCCUUUAUAUCAUAAAGGCUCCGCAAGAGUGAGCGAACAACAUCGAUGAGUGACCCAUGUACUUUUCUGCGGCGUGCUUGGGCUGCUGUCUGGCAGCGAAAAAUGACCUCCCUGUGCGUGUACAAGCUUUCUGAAGCACUGUAAUAUAUCAAGGCCGUUCACGGUGCAU